ACAUGUUCCAUAAACAACCAAGAACACAAACGAAGAAAAGAAAAAGACAGGUUUCUAUUUGUUUUCUUUAAGAUUGUGACGACUAUGGCUAGCGACGGGAGCGAGGAGUUCAGGCUAGUGUCACCGGCCUUCAGCAACGAGGGGAAGUUACCACGGAACUACACGGAGGAGGGGCAAGGGGCAAAGAAGAAUAUAUCCCCACCGUUGGAGUGGUACAACCUGCCGCCGGGAACGCAGACCCUGGCGCUGGUCGUGGAGGACAUUGACGCGCCUGACCCCGAGGGACCCAUUGUGCCGUGGACUCACUGGGUAGUGGCCAACAUUCCGGCGACGGUGAAGGGGCUGCCGGAAGGGUUCUCCGGGAAGGAGAUGGGUGGGGAGUACGCAGGGAUCAAAGAAGGGAACAAUGACUUGAAGGUGCCAGGUUGGUGUUGCCCUAAGUUGCCCACGCAUGGUCACAGAACCCAGUUUAAGCUUUACGCUUUGGAUACACAGCUUCACCUUGGGAACAAGGUGACGAAGGAGAAGCUAUUGGAAGAUGCCAUACAAGGACAUGUUCUGGGAGAAGCAACUUUGAUGGCUAUAUUCUAAUAUGUAAUUUGUGGGUGAACUGUCUUUAGCUAAUAUGUGUACAUUUUGAAAUGUGACGUUAGCGAGAUAA